UCAUAGUGCAUCCUAUUUGGAGGAGUUGGAGGAGGAGGCGGAGUGGGAGAGGAUGAAGCUGCUGGAGAUUGAGCAGGGCGAGGGGCUCAGAGCUCGGAAACGGGAAGCCGAGGAGCGCAUCCGCGACUACGAUCCCAAGCAGGGGGGCGUCUACUACACCCGAUUCUACUAUGCCUAUGACCUCGCCUCUUUCGACCACGACGAGGAGUCGCCCAUUCCGCCGAUGAGAUUUACUAAUGCGGUCUACAAAAGUAACGACGACUAUGAGCUGUGUGAGGCAGUAAACAUCUUAUCUAUGAAGGUAGGCUCCUUGGAUAUUGAAUUCCCAAUCCAUGUCUAUGGCACUGUCAUUGUGAGGGACAGCCUUGACAAAUAGUGUGUCUAUCUCUUCCGGCGUGAUAGAGAAGAGUCCCAAACCAUCAACUCUAAGGUAUGCAGUUGCUUUUAAAAAACCCAUCUUGCUCACAGAGGGAAGUUACCGAUUGACAAUGUAAAUUCUAUAGUUCUAGUGGCUGACAUGGUGAUACACGUCUUCAUUUGUCAUUCUGAAUUCGCAUGGUGUUGGAAGUUGUGAGGUUUCCACAUCACUGAUCAACCAUCAAAAUGUCAGCUAACCGUGUCAUAAUCAUAUCACAAUACACAUUUAGAACGAAGUGUGUAACUGUUGUGUGUGUUUUUUCUUGUGCUUGUUUUGUGCACACCAAAAGGGCAUACACUGUUGGAAUUAGAUGAUGGAACUUUCCCCUUGAGCGUAGUAUAAGAUAGUUAAACAUGAGUCCAGUUGUGAAAUAAUAAGGAUAUGUCACUGUUACUGUUUCGUUUGGAGACUGGAGAGGGUAAUAUCAUAUGGUUUAGAUAUGGCAUCAGACAUAAUAACACUGCAGAACAAUCUAGCUUCUAGUCAGUCUAAUGAUACUACCCUAUGGGAUGUACAUGAGUAUAGCAUUUGAACAUUCACAAUUUUAUCUUGGUAACAGCUUUCUUAUGCUUUGUGGCUGGAAUUUUAUUCUACCUGUAUUGCAGAUAUUCGUUUUUUAUAUUUGGAUAACUUAUCAUGCAAGUUGUGUAGGAUGAAUCGCUGAUCUUGACAGGUCCAAAACGAGGACUUGCACUAAUAAGUAAUGCAUAUGUUGAGACUAAUCUGAUUAUCAAGGGUGAUGAGAAGCAGGAGGACAGACAACUCAGUAAAGGAAUCUUGACGAUUCCAGGCAUGGAACAGAGAGUGUUGAUAAGAUGUGAGCUCUAAAGUUGUUCUCUUGCUACCAGGCUCAGCACUGUGGAUGUGAUGUAUGGAGUUGUGAAAGAUGCAGUGGAGGCAACAAUUUCAAUUGAAGUUUUAGCUGGAGAAUUUUUUUGGAGAAAUCACAGCCUGCACCAGCAGCAUCAAGGAAAGGCUUGUGCUUCAUGGUAGAUUGGCUUAUAUUACUAGUGGUGAGAAAAUUGCCCCCAUUUUCCCGCUUUUGCGAUCCGUGGUAGCUGUCCAUGUGAAGGAGAAGCUGCUACUAACUAUCACUGCCCAUACUGAGGAUGGAGAAUUUACAAAGUGCAUCAACUGUACUCCAAGGGUCAAUGGUUCAUAUCUAGAUGAAGUUACCAUUGGUUUUGCUGCAUUGCGCGUGAAAGUUGUAUGGUCGAUAAUUGACUUUUGAGUAUCAAACUUUGGGUUGGCUGGUUGUUAACAGUUUAUUAUGAAAGUAUAGGCAGGAUAAAUUAGUCUGCAACUACAGUGUAUGUUAUCGUUUUGGGCUGGUUGUUGGUCUUAUGUAAGUGGGGGCACUCUUAGCCUUUUUAUUUGAUCUCGUGGUAAAAUUAUUAUCGUGGAUUAUUGUGUGAUAUUGGAUAUUGGAUGUUGCCCAUUGUAGUUUGGCCGGAGUGCUUGUAGGCGAACAUGGAGUUGA